CUGACCUGUGUUUGGAAGAAGAUCUCAGCCAUGCCAUGGCCAAUUGUUUUGAGGCUCUACUUGGUAAGUUUUUAGAAGGCAUUACACUUGGAAGUUGGACGUUUAGUUAGGUUUUAUGUAUGCAAAUUCAACUUGGCUAAAAAUCGGAACCAAUCCUAACUCUUUAAAACAAUGAAAGUAAAGGCUUUUUGGGCUUAGCGUCCAUGAAAUUACUGCUCUUAAAAGUCUGGUUGCUUCUCAAGUGAUCGAUAUUCUGUUUUUAAACAAAUUUAAACAGAUAAUCAAAUGAGUUCAGGAUAUGGUCUUUUUUAUUGGCAAAACAAUUGGAAAAAAGAUAAAAAGAAACAUAGCUUUCGGGUUCAAAGCCUUAAAUCGAACGACGUCGAUUAAUUUUAAAAAGGUUCGUUUAAUCUUUUUGCAAAAGAAAGAGAAUCAAAUCUACAAUCAGAAAACCUGUUAUGGAAUUUCUUUUUCUGAAUUUCUAUUUCUUAGGCGCCAUGUACUUGGAAAGUGGUCUAAAAUCCGCCACGGAAUUUUUCACGAAACUGGCAUUUGAUGAAGAGGUUUGUUCGCAUGAUAACUUGCUGAUCGUUUUUUGCUUGUUCUCUCUUUGGUUUCUGCAUAUAACUCUUGAUGACGUUACCCAGCUCUAAACAUUGGUUGUAUGUUAGUAGUACAGAAGGGACCGGAAUAACUCUCUUUAAGGAUUCUCAUUAAUGAUUGCGCGUUUAUCAAGGCGCAAACAAAUUGUGGGUAUCCUACCGACAAUACGACAGUGACAGGCGUAGUUGGAAUUUUUCUCUGUUACCACCGUCGCUACCACAAUUCUAUUGUUCCACCACCGAAACCAAUAGACAGUAAAAGUGGCAAAAAAUAAAAGGUCAAUAAUUAUGCUGUUUUCGUGGGAAUUUUGUUCCCGAAACAGAAUGACGUCAUCAAAGUUAACACUUUCCUGACAUUUUUAUGACAAUUACUAUGUACUCAUGUCUUUCCGCAUUUGCAAAUUUCCCCCUUCGAUUUCCGUUAUUAUAUUUAAUCAAACUUGCUUAGAAUAGGUCCUAAAUGGCUUUUCAAUUGGAUAAAAGCUAAGUUGGCUUGAAAUUUCUGUUUUAGGAACUUAGAGAAGUUUGGACCAACCUACCCAAACAUCCUUUGCAGGUAAGUAUUAGUAAUUAAGAUUUUCUUAUAUUUAAACAUCCUCGAUAUUUUUACGAUCAUAGGAGAAGUUUCAAACGGAACGUACCUCUUUGAUUGCGGGAAAACCGAACCCGAGAUACAAAAUAUGGCCUUCUUAGAAAUAUUUUAAAUAGUUACUGCCUCCUUUAACGCACUUUGGCACAUUUGCACAAGAAUGAAGUAUUGUGAAAUCAGAGCAGAAAGGGAGGAGAAUGGUGAAAAUAAGUUUAUCUCAGUGCCAGAUUGGUAUAAGGCAACGAGGGCUUCACUCGUUCGGGCCUUGUGAUAAUAACGGCCAAGAGGGCAAUAGUGGUGGGGGGGGGGCUCAUCUAGGCCCUGUGAUAAUUACUGGAGGAGUCAUCCAGACCUUGUGAUAAUGGCCAAGGGACUCAUCUAGGCCUUGUGAUAAUGACCGGGGCUGGGUCAUCCAGACCUUGUGAUCAUGGCUGGGGGCCUCAUCCAGACCUUGUCAUAAUAGGAGGGCCGGGCCCCUUUCCUAGAGAGGAAAUAAUAGCUGAUUCACCUUCAAACAGAUACCAUGUAUUUUUUUUCUAGACCCAGAUGCCAGAUGGUGACAGGCACCUAAUAGCCUCAUCCCAACUUCUUCAGGUUUUUCUUCUCAGUUUCUUUACGUUUACGUUUCCCUUUUCUUUCGUUAAAAAACUGACGAUUUAGAGCUGACUCACAGGAACUUUUUUUUUACUUUCUGCACGUCAGAAAUUACAGGAGUUUGAAGAAGCCAGCGGAAUCGAAUUCACCCACAUUCGCUUGUUAGCGCGUGCCUUUACUCACGCACAAGUUGGCUUUAAUAACCUCACGCUGUAAGUACAACUGAUUGCUAUUUGCUGUAGUAGUUGAUGCCAUUGCCCAAGGUUACCUGUAAGUGGUACCUUUCUCUAUCAUAGUCGCGAUCUUCUUCUAAUGAAGAGGAAAUCUGCAAAUUUACACAUAACAUUAUCAAGAGUUGCGAGCUGGCAAAUGCCUUAAUUUACUUGAGGUUCCUUGAAGUACCAGGAAUCACGUUAUUUCCAUUCAAAAUUGAGUUGUUACUCAGUAGUGUCUGAAAAACAGAAGGCUUGAAUUCCACCUAGUCCUUUAGACCAGCAGUUCGCACAUUUUGUUCGCCCAGCUAGUGACAUGUUUCUCUUGGUUUAAGAUAUGGUUUGAAAACGACUUGCCCGGACACUAAUACUUGCUCGGAGGGAAAAUCUACUUGUUCAGGACGAUCGGACGGGACGCGUUUAUUGCAUGAGUUCUGUGUAAAUUAUCAGAGAGCUAUAGUAUCUGUUUGUCUGGAAGGAGCGUUGCUUGUCGAAUCAGACAGAUACUGCUGCGUAGAAAACUUCCAUCUGUUUUGUGGCUGAGUUUUGAUGCCUUUCUCGUUACCUGAGACACACAGCAUUUUUCGUCCAUUGUUAGGUUAACUCUUUAAAAGGAGUGGUUACCAAACAUAUUAAAUUAUGUUCUCUUUAUACUUUUUUUAGCGGGAGUAACCAACGAAUGGAAUUUUUGGGAGACUCCGUUCUGCAAUUCGUUGUGUCUGUAUAUCUCUUCAGGCAUUUUCCAGACCACCACGAGGGGCAUCUAACGGUAUAGAUUACUGUUGUUACAAUUUCUUACAAGUUGAAACUAAAGAAUUCAAAUUUUGUUUCGUAAAAUCCUUAGAAAUAUAUAAAUGAUACAUAUUUUGUACCUUGCGUAAUCACGUGAGUGAUCAUGCAGUGAAAUCACUUCCCCACUCCCCUUCCCAAUCGAACACACUUUGAAUUUCAAAUCACCACAAAUAAAAUAAAUAGACCUUAGCUUUGAACUAGCAUUUCAGAAGUGACAAUACUGUACUUUUUAUUCUACACAGAGUAGCGUAAGUUAAUGUAAAAUUAUUCGAAGACAAACUGGAAAGUACCUGAUAUGUUGUACACAAGUUAUACCACCGAUAUCAAUUAAGAAGUGAUUAGCGAUAGUUAUCGAUUUAUCGAUUGGUUUUCCGAUAUCGGUUUUUAUUGAUUGGACACUUUCUACUCUUUUUUGACAGCUUCUGCGCAGCUCUCUUGUAAAUCAUCGAAUCCAAGCGAAGCUCGCUCGAGAACUGGGACUAGAUAAACUGAUCAAUUUUGGAUCCAAGGUAUGUAUCACGUGCAAGGCACGUGACCUUUGUCUCUUACUCGAUUUGUUGACCACACAUUGUUCUUCAGGGGAGUCUCCCGUAAUAUAAGGGGUAUGAAUAGUCCUCGAAAAAAUUACAAAGAACUUUAUAGGAAAAUAUCGUAGUCUUGUUUUUUUUUAAGCGUGGGUGAAAGUCAUUAGUUCUGUUAAACGGUUAAUACAACAAGAACAAAAAUGAUGCCUUUUGAUGGAACUAAUAAUUCAAUUUUAAUUUCCCAAUGCGUCGACUUAAGAUUUGUUCGUAAGUUCUUAAUGUAUGCCAGAUUUUGUUUGUAAACUAUUGUUCUCAUGUUUGUGGUACAUUUGCAGGCAGGAAUGAAGGCUUUCCGCGAGAAAAUUCUCGCUGACACACUGGAAGGUAAGUUAAGUGGGUUUUUUUAUUGCCUUUUAAAGACGGUAUUAUGUUAUUUAAUUUUUAUCUUAUUUUCUCUCCUAAAGCUUUUGUGGCCGCCUUGUACGUCGACAAAGGCCUUAGACAUGUGGAGGUAUUUUGUCGCGUCUGUCUCUUCCCUCGCCUUGAGGUAAAAACAACUUUUGAUAAUUUGAUUCCUGCAUUCCUUCCAACUCAGUCAUCCACUAGUCAUCUACACAGCUGGUUUUUGUGUGUGUCGUAACGCAACGCUCCUUCGUACAGGAGGAGCGUUGCGUGACGACACGAAAAGACUACUUAUCCACGGGUCCUUCUACGUUGUCGUUGGUGUCUCUUUUGUUCGUCUUGUUCUCCAACCUCGUUCCCAGGGCUUUUGGUUGUUCUCGACACGAUUAGCAAAAAUUCGUUAAUUGCUACGGCAACUUAAAUGUAUUAACAGGUGGCCCAAAAUAACUUUUGAUGGGGUUUCAAGAGGUUGCUUGAGACUCCACGACUUUACUCUCAACCUCGUCCUUGGGUUCUUCUCGUUCUUCAAUAUGGCGGUGGCAGUUCUCUCUACAUAGCAUUAAAUAGAAUGGCUCCAAGCCCUUUUGAAGUUAUCCGCUGACCAAUCCACAUCCGAUACAUGCAAGCUUAAUCCACCCUCGUCUUCUAGCGUGGCCUUCAUUUACCUUCAUCCACCUUCAUGUACCUUCAUUUACCUUCAUCCACCUUCACCAGGCUCAAAAUUCACCGUCAUACCUCUUUUAUUGGGCAGAAGAACAUAUCGACAUUCUAGUCCUAUCAUGUCACAUGAACCUAGUUUAGUGGCCUUUAGUUCCCACGAGCUGAGGCUCACUUGACGUAGUGGUAGAGGAUCUGUUGAGUAACCAGAAGGUCAUAGGUCAGAUAGGUGGGGAGUACUCGGAUAUUUUUCUUCCGAGCCGUCUGUGUCACUAAAUGAAAAGUCAUCCUUCUCAAGUAUUCACCAGGCCCAAACUUCAUCAUCACAUCUCUAUCAUUAAAGUCAUUGUUGUUGUGUUGGUGUUUUUACCCAUAGGAGUUCAUUAUUAACCAGGACUGGAUGGACGCGAAGUCGCAAUUACAGCAGUGUUGUCUAACUUCCCGUGAGCAGGGAAAGGCACCAGAUCUUCCACAAUACAAGUGAGUUCAAAAUCAAACUGCUCCAGUGAUUCGUCUCCCUUCUAGUGUCGAACUCCUGGGACAGGUUGACACUUGGUGUCAAUUGGUAUCUCCUGAAGAUUGUUGGACACAUGUUUUUCAUGUUAUUAAUGUAACGCAAUUAUGAUAUCUCUGUAGGGUUCUACAAAAUAAAGGUCCUGCCCACCACAAGUACUAUGCAGGUAAAGUAUGGCUCAGAGUGGUCUGGGUAUCAGAGCUUUUUCUCGCGCUUAUAUUAGUGAGAAACGCGUGUCACGAUAAAGACUUGACUGAAAGCGGAGACAGCGUAUGAAAAGUCACUGAAACCCAGGGUAGGCUCAUUAAUAGCUGAAGCGGUGAAUAGGCUAUUGCCGAGUUCAAAAUGUCCUUGUUUCAAAAAUAAGACCAAAUGCGAAAUCAUUAAUGUGAAAAGGAGUUAUAUUUGUACGAGAAUUAAGACUAAUUUAUUUCAUAUAUCAAAGCCUUUGCCGGCGUCGACCUCGUUUCGACAAAGAGGAAAUGGCAAGUCUCUUAUUUAUUACGACAGAAAUUUAAAGAAGCUAAAUGGCCUUUGUGACCUGUAUUUAUGCCGGACUAAAUUUAAAACGUUCCUUGCUGUAACUGGGCCUUCAUUUUUAAAAUUGCUCUUUCUCUGGUGUCACCCACCUCAUGUUUUUAGUGUGUCUUAUUCUAUUCUCUUUCUCUAACAGUUGCUGUUUAUUACAAGGACACAAGAUUGGGCUCUGGCGAAGGAAAUAGGUGAGCGUCAUGGUCGCGCAGAGCGGCGCUAGCCUGUGGCACAUACGGAACUGGGCCCCCACCGGUGUCGCAGGAUUUAAGUACACGCCGUGAUUGGCCUGUUAAAAAAGCCAUUGUCGAUUUGCCAAUAACAGUGAAAGGAAAUUCGAAACGCACUUCCGGUAGUUUGUUGAGUCUGUUCGGGACCCAGAACAAGGAUUUCGGUACUGCUUCGCAGACGUUACUAACCGAGUUUAAAAUUACGUCUGCGAGGUAGCUGGCUACGCAGCGGAUGCCCGCCAUGAAAAGAGGUUCUCCCCAUAGAAAUAGUCAGAGACUGAAGUUGUCGAUAAUUUUUACCGUCUUCAAACUCAAGUAUCCUUCAUUUUCUUCCUGCAGCAUCCAACAAGCAGAAAUGGCAGCAGCCAAAGACGCGCUGGCCUCUCGUAAGUGAUACAAUUUUUUUAGCAGCAAAGAAGUGUCCGUCGUUUACCUUACGGAAUCCAGUACAGGAAAUCCGGAUCCACAGAGUGAUAUCCAUGGAUUACCUUACUUGGGGAAACCCUAGCCUGCGUAGCAUGGCGGUUUUGUCGACUGAGCGGCGAAGCCACGAGAAACAUAAAAACCGCGUGCCCGGAUUGGUGGCCUUUUCAACUGCCACCCCCUUCAACUCAAUCUCAAUCGUGGUUUCUCUGCCCUCGCCUGCCUUUAUUACUUUGUGCGCCCAACCAAAACAGCCAUGCUACGAAGGCUAGGGAAACCCUAGCCAAACUUGUGAUAACUAGUUUUGUCUCCCAUACAAAGUAGGCUUGUCGUCAUCAAUUGCUCUUUGAACAUCGUUUAUUUAGCGAGGGGACACACCGUGCAAAAAAUGGCUCGUAACCAAGUUUUUUCCAAUCAUCAAAUUGUAGACAAAAUGAAUCGAGCUAAAUUUGCUUUUUAGGCUUUCAAUAUCGAACCAAUCCUGCAUAGGUUAUCUUAAAACAGCUAUGAACAACUCGGUCAGAUUUGUCCGCAAGUUAGCUUUUUGGAGACCUACACAGAAGAGUAACUCGAGUCUCAGUUUGGUUAGACUAGAAGCAGUCGUUUUCUAUAAAAUCUGUGUAACAAAGCAAAAAAGCGAGCGCGAUAUGCGAGCCGCGAGUUGGGCGAACGCCAGCACGAGAGAAAAGAGACUUCCUUUCUUGCUUACACCCCGGAGGAUUUUUUCCAUAAAUUACUAUACGGGGAGGCCCCGCUCGAAAGGGGUGCCUUUUUCAGGCUCAGGUGUGUAAAUGGUCAGGGAUUUCACGAAUUGAAGUAUAUGAACGGAUCUGUCAUUUAGGUAUUUAAAGAGCCUUUUGUUAAAAUAUUUUGAAAAGGUUCACCUCAUGCCCAUAUCCUUUUAGUUUAAUUAUUUCUUCCGUAGUAUCCUUCAUUAGGAAGCUUAAGCAUCAACGAUGGCGACCGCUACGAAAAGGUCACUCAAAAAGUGAAUUCGCGCUGCUUCAAACUUUAUCGCGCCCAUUCCAUCUCGUUUAAUUCGUCAAAUGUUGGCAAAAAUUUUUUUGGAGUUAGAGUCUAAAGGACUGUAUUUCAAAGUUCAAGAAAAGGAAAAGGGAGGUUUUGUCUUGUGUUCCCGUCCUCGACGAAACGUUAAAUUAGGCACUUUCACGUUGUAGUCGUGCAACGACGGCAUAGAAAUGUACAAAAAAAGCGUGAUGCACGUGCAAAGUUGUUGUUUUGCUAAUCUAAACCUAUUGCUUUUUUUUCGUUCUUGUUGCUUGAGGGGAACCAUUUGGAAAUGGAAAGUAUAGGGAAGGGUUACUUUUUUUGUCGAAAAGGGCAUUUUUUAAAAAAAUAAGGGAUUGGACAUCGGGUCUGCGCCUCUCCGUACGAAACUUUCUUGAGCCCCCCCGCCCCUCUCCAUCGGGGUUUAUGUUACGUCUGACUGAAGUUCUCUGUUUCUGUACAGACUAUUUCCCAGAACUAGCGCGACAAAAGCGUCUGUUAGACCGAAAACACCAGGACCGACGACGAAACUAUUGGAACAAAGUGCCGCGCCGAGAGAGGGAGAAGGACGAGCAGGACAAAGACACGGAAAUUCAACCUCGGUGGGAGGAGAUGGAAACUUUUGAGGUGCAAGAGCGAAGGAAUGCAGGAGAAAAGGAAAACAUGGAUGUUGACCAGGAAAGAGAAAAUUGGGAAAUGGAAAAUGAGAGCACCGGUCAGGAAAGGGAAAACUGGGAAAUGGAAAAUGAGAGCACCGGUCAGGAAAGAGAAAACUGGGAAAUGGAAGAUGUGAACCUUCAGGGAAAAGAAACCUGGGAGAAGAACGACGGGAAUGGCUGUGGAACAACAGAAAAUCGGGAAACGGAAUGUAGCGAUCACACGUUGAGAUGGGAUUUGUGCGAUCCAAGAACGAACUUAGAGGAAGAACCAAAGGGCACAACGGAAGAGUGGGAAAGGGAAGGUGGAGAUAUUUUGGAAAGAUGGGACGGAAGCGGAGGCCAAAAUGUGGCGAGAGAGAACUUGGGAGAUGAAAACGUUGAUUCAAAAGUAAAUUUGGAAGAGGAAGGUAGAAAUAGGAUGGAUGACUGGACAGAGAACUGGGAGGUCGAAAAUGCCGUUUCAAAAGAAAACUGGGAAGAAACGGACGGCGGAGAAAGAACUGAGAAUUGGGAAGAAGCUGGAAUCGAAAGGUCGAAGGAACGAUGCGUUAAAGAUGGAACUAUUGAACAUAACGUGAUAAACAGUAUGAAGGAGAAGGCCAAAAAUGGGCACGGCGAGACAAAGGAACUCUGGGAAGUUGAUUAAUUGUAUUUGAUUCGUAACGUUACUUAGGGAGUGCUGCGUGACGGUUGAUGUUAAAAUUGAACUGAGUGUCGUUUGCAGUCAUUUCUGUAGUGCCAUUAUGGCGUGACAGGUUGAAGAGGGUGUCGAGUUUUGCCCUCCAGAGAAAACUAGCAUUCGUCGUCGUUAAUUUUUUAUUCUUGAAUCAAAAAGUCAAAAAGACUUUAAAAAUAAGAAUGAGAGAAAUUAAGAAUUUAUGAUUUGUAGUCAUUUUAGUGGUUUGCAGUUCGGCAUCAUUUUUUAUGUCAUAUUUCAUCCGUACGCUCCUCUCCUUCCUCAGGUAUUUAUUUAUGAACACAUCGUGAAUCCAUC